AUGCCGACAAAGCCCCAAACACCGGGGAGGGGUCAAACGCGGACCGAAUCAGCAUACAAUCCCUCAAACGAUGAUUCGGGCUCGGGAGCAGAGGCCCCGGCUCGCCGGCGCCUGCAAAAGUCGGCCUCGACCAAUUUUCCCUCAAACAACACCAAUUUUGACACCUCAAAUGGAGUCGCCGGACCGCGCGCAGGUGGGAUAAAUAGGAGAAGACUUUCAAUUCGCGAUCAAAGGGUUCCUCAGGGCCCACGACCGCAAGACACUUCGCGAUGGAGGCAUGUCUAG